AUCAACAAUACUCUAACAAAUAUAUGUAAAUUAUAACGAAUACUAUGCGAUCCUCGUUAAAUAGCGUUAAAAACAUCGGCUCUACAGAUAGAAUCCCACCGCUGUCACCAGAGUGAAAUGUAGACUCGCAACGUUUACGAAAUCCAUGUGCGCGCGGCAUGGCAAUCAUGCAAUCGUGUUGUUGCUGGCGCUCCGUACGCAGAGGAAGUAUUGCCUGCGCUAUUUACACAGGAUUGUACUUUGCGCUGACGACAGUAAUGACGACGAAGCUACUUGAUCAAGAACGUCAAUAUCUGGCAGGAAAUCUUUCGGCGCCGCAAUCCGCGAGUUUCCUUGAACCAGAAACCAUUUCACCGACAACCGUCAGGUUCAACAUAGUAAUACUUUCCUGCUCGAGCUGCGGUGUCUUAUCUUCAUUCCUUCUUCUGUACGGAUUAUUCAAGGACCAACGCGUGCUUCUCAUACCGUGGAUUUUCACGGUUAUCACAUUCAGUGUAGUUGACAUAACCCAUUCCAUGUACGUGUGCUUUAUGAACUUGGUACCCUUCAACCCCAUCACCGCGAUGCUGUUCACCCUCGACUUUUUCGUAGUCUGUCUUAACGUAUACUCGUUGCUUUGCGUUAUUUCCCAGUAUCAAGAAUACGUUGCCGGCCGAGGAACAGCCGCCGACGAUUGUGAAUACAGGGUACCAGCCGUGAGAUACGCGGUUCAGCCAACGACGACGGCGACUUCCUGCCUUAGCUCGAGAAGGGCGCCGACGAACAACGAGACCAGAGCCACCGCCACCCCUACACAGAGUCCUACAGCGAUUCCGGCGAUCCUGGCGAACGAGAAGAGUCCUGUGGCGUGCAGCAAACCGGGGCGGAAACACGUCCAAUUUCCAGAUACGCCGACGGCUAGCCAAGGAGAGAAGUCAGAGAUCGGGACAAAACACGCAUCGCCGACCUGGAACCCCGCGGAGGUCGUCGAAUUAGGCAAAACCCCGUCGCAGCUGAUCCCGGCGGUCGUGGAUACUGCGCCGCUGUUAUCCUCAUCCCCGAGGCAGCAGCAGCAGCAGCAGAACGAAGCUGUGAAGAUCACGAGCGAUGGCGUUUGAACGAUCCCGACCUAAAUCCCCCUUUCCUUAGGGUGCACGUUACAGCCCAUUGAAAGUUGACUCGAUUUUGAAUUUUCUAUAUAUUUUCGAAAAUUCUUCGUUAUAUGUAUUAUAUUAUAUACAUAAUGUAUACAUACGGUAUACAAUUUAUUACACAUGCAUUGUACAUCCGUAUUAUUAUAAUUAUUCUUAUCUAUAUAAAGACGACUUCAGCUGGGUGCACGUUUCGCUCUAUACCGUCGAAUCACGCGAGGGACCCUUGGCAGAUUUUUUCUCUGCAGACCAACAUUUUCUGACGGCACAGAAAUUUACGAUGGAUCGAUAAGCCUUCCAAUAAAUUCACACCUUCAGCAACGAUAUUCGUACUUCUAUGUAGGUUGCUCAACGUCUAUAUACUUAAUUAGCCCAAAUAACAACAUGAAUUAUUCCUGCAAUGUAUUGAUCUGUAAUAGGAAGCGUGAAUAUCUAUAUUAUGUACAAUAUAAAAUACUCCCAUGACUGUAAAGUAAUUUUAGAUUCAGUUACGUUUAUAGAAUUAUUAUGAAGAUGAGGACAAACAGCACUUACGUGUGUAUAUAAAAAAUUUGUAAUCUACCUUUUACCGAAAACGAAUACAUCGGUUUAUACACUAAUUUCAAAUAUAUUUAUCACAUCUAGUACCUGUUUUCUGUAAAUAAAGUAUU